CGGGGCCGGGGCCGGGGCGGGGGCCGGAGGAACGGGGGCCGGGGCCGGGGCGGGGGCCGGGGCGGGAGCCAGGGCGGAGGCCGCGGCGGGGGCGGCGGCGGCGGAAUGAGGGCCCGCGGCCCGGGGGGCUGAGGCGCUGCCUGCCGCGGCCGCGCGUCCUCCAUGGAGGCCGGAGAGGAACCGCUGCUGCUGGCCGAACUCAAGCCCGGGCGCCCCCACCAGUUCGAUUGGAAGUCGAGCUGUGAAACCUGGAGUGUCGCCUUCUCCCCAGACGGCUCCUGGUUCGCGUGGUCUCAAGGACACUGCAUCGUCAAGCUGAUCCCCUGGCCGCUGGAGGAGCAGUUCAUCCCUAAAGGGUUCGAAGCCAAAAGCCGGAGCAGCAAAAAUGACCCGAAGGGGCGAGGCAGCCCGAAGGAGAAGACUCUGGACUGUGGGCAGAUUGUCUGGGGCCUGGCCUUCAGCCCGUGGCCUUGUCCACCCAGCAGGAAGCUCUGGGCGCGCCACCACCCCCCGGGGCCAGACGCCUCCUGCCUGAUCCUCGCCACGGGACUCAACGACGGGCAGAUCAAGAUUUGGGAGGUGCAGACAGGGCUCCUGCUUUUGAAUCUUUCCGGCCACCAAGACGUUGUGAGAGAUCUGAGCUUCACGCCCAGUGGCAGCUUGAUUCUGGUCUCUGCGUCUCGGGACAAGACUCUGCGCAUCUGGGACCUGAAUAAACAUGGUAAGCAGAUUCAGGUGUUGUCGGGCCAUCUGCAGUGGGUGUACUGCUGCUCCAUCUCCCCGGACUGCAGCAUGCUCUGCUCUGCGGCUGGAGAAAAGUCGGUCUUCCUCUGGAGCAUGCGGUCCUACACGUUAAUCCGGAAGCUAGAGGGCCACCAAAGCAGUGUUGUCUCUUGUGACUUCUCCCCGGACUCUGCCUUGCUUGUCACGGCUUCUUACGACACCAACGUGAUCAUGUGGGACCCUUACACUGGCGAGCGGCUGAGGUCACUCCACCACACCCAGCUCGAGCCCCCCAUGGAUGACAGUGACGUCCACAUCAGCUCCCUGAGGUCUGUGUGCUUCUCGCCAGAGGGCUUGUACCUGGCCACUGUGGCGGAUGACAGGCUCCUCAGGAUCUGGGCCCUGGAACUGAAAACUCCAAUUGCAUUUGCUCCUAUGACCAAUGGUCUUUGCUGCACAUUCUUUCCACACGGUGGAGUCAUUGCCACCGGGACAAGGGACGGCCACGUCCAGUUCUGGACAGCUCCUCGGGUCCUGUCGUCACUGAAGCACUUAUGCCGGAAAGCCCUCCGGAGUUUCCUCACCACCUACCAAGUGCUGGCACUGCCAAUCCCCAAGAAAAUGAAAGAGUUCCUCACAUACAGGACUUUGUAAGCAACGCCACAAACACGCCUAGUCUCGCGUGUUCUCUCUGUGGCAGAUACAGCUCCCUGGCGGAGGAGCAGCUGGGAUUAUGGGCCAAACGCCUGGUCUUGGAUGGACAGUUUCUCUUGGGGAUUGUGAACAGAAUGUAGCAAAACCAGAUUCCAGUGGCUCUUCUCCCCAUGACAAGUGACCGCCGGUCAUAGAGGAGGGACUCCACUGCCGUGGCCAGAGCCUUCUCUGAAGUCUCCAGCCCGCUGAGAAACAACAGUCUAGAAUUCUCUCUGGUAGUUUGAUUCAAAGUGCAGAUAAUGGCGUUUUGGUAACAAGAGUUCUAGGCCUCGCGAGCCGCUGUAGUGGCCGAGGGGUUUCAGCCCCUGUGCUGGGAGGUGUGGCUCCUGCCUCGCCAGGCUGCUUCAGCUUCUCUCCGCGUGUGUCAGAGUCGAUGUUGGCGAGUCUCUCCUUCCUCUAGCUUCUCUCUGAGCAGCGGGCAAAGUUUUCAUGGAGCAGGCUCUGGUGUGAGGUAUUAACCAAAUUACAGGUGACUCAGGCUAUGCUCCUGACUAACACACUAGAAUUGGCUUUUUCGUUUUUUAAACAAUGGUGUGCAUGUGCAGACGACAAACUUAUAUGCCUGGUUACAUGGGAUUUACUCCUAAACUGCAUGACUGUUAUGAUGGCUGAGCUGUUGGUUGUUUGCCUUUCAUUAGCAUAUUUAUUUGUAUUUUCUGAACAGAUGUUAAGGUACAAUUGUGUUUUUCUUGAUAUCUAAAAACCAUAGUACUGAAGU